UUUGCGAACAGAUGUUUGUAGAUUUUGUUGAGGUUAAUAUUGGGGUUAAUUAUAGAAAUCAGAAAUGAUCAGAAAUACGUUCGUUUAAAUCGUAAAUGCAGUGUUAUAAAUCAUAAAGUUUUUAUUAAAUUACAAUAAUGAAUUCAAAUGCAGUUUCAAAGUCCUCACUUACACCAUCCGUGCAGGAAUUUAGUAUUAGAGUACCAAAAAAUAGCAAGAAGAAGCACAAUGUUAUGAGAUUCAAUGCAACAUUAAAUGUAGAUUUUUCGAAAUGGUCUCAAGUAAAAAUGGAACGGGAGAAUAAUAUGAAAGAGUACAAGGGUAUCGAAGAAGAAAUGCCAAAGUUUGGUGCUGGAUCUGAAUUUGGACGUGAUGCUAGAGAAGAAGCUAGAAGAAAGAAAUAUGGUAUUACCAGUAGGAAAUAUAAACCGGAGGAUCAACCAUGGAUUUUAAAAUCAGGAGGAAAAACUGGAAAGAAGUUCAAAGGCAUUCGCGAAGGAGGAAUCAGUGAAAAUGCUGCAUAUUAUGUCUUUACGCAUGCUGCUGAUGGUGCGAUAGAAGCCUUUCCUUUACAUGAAUGGUAUAACUUUCAACCAAUCCAGAGAUACAAGUCCCUCAGUGCCGAAGAGGCAGAGCAGGAAUUCAGUCGUAGAAACAAAGUAAUUAAUUAUUUCUCACUAAUGUUACGAAAGAGAUUGAGGAAUGAUGAGGAUGGUGGAGACGAAGAGGAACUAGUAGAAGGUGGUAAAGGCAAGAGACCUGGUAAAAAGGAGAAGGAACUGCAAAUAUCAGAAUUGGACGAAUGGAUGACUGAUGAUGAUGAAUCAGGCAGCGAUGAAGAUGAGAAUAAGAAAGGAUCUGAAGAUGAGGACGAUGGAAAAAAGAAAAAGAAAGACAAAAUUCAAUUGGAAAAGAAGAAAAAGAAGAAAAAUGUCUCAGACGAUGAAGCAUUCGAGGAAAGUGAUGAUGGCGAUGAAGAAGGAAGAGAAUGUGAUUAUAUUUCUGAUUCUUCUGUUUCUGAAUCAGAAUCAGAGCCACAAAAGGAAGUUAAGUCUGUGGCAGAAGAAGAUGCGUUGAGAAAGUUGCUCGUGUCUGAUGAAGACGAAGAUGAGGAGGAACAGACAGAUAAAAAAGACGGAGAAGUAGAUAAGGAUGAAGACGAGGAAGGAAAAGAAAAAGAUGAUAAAGAUAAAGACAAACUUGGUAAAGAAAUGGACAAGAAGAAAGACAAAAAAAAGAAGAAAAAAGCCAAGAGGAAGGAUCAAAAGAAAUCAGCGUCAGGAAAAGAUUCUUCUAGCGAUUUCUCUAGCGAUUCAGAAUCAGAUUCUGAUACAGCGCUAAAAGAGAAGGAUAAUAAGAAGCCCAACAGCGCACACAGUUCAAGAUCCGCAACACCGACACCUUCAGCGUCCGGUGUUUCGGAUUCUUUUAAGAGAAAGCAAUCUGGUUCUCCAGACUUGUCGCAAGCAAAAAAAUUAAAACUCGAUAAUUUCAAUCUAGUUCCAGUAACAUCAUAUAUACCAGGAACGAACGAAUCGGGAAUCACGGAAGAUGCAGUGAGGCGGUAUUUAAUGCGUAAGCCUAUGACAACGACCGAGUUGCUGCAAAAAUUCAAAUCUAAGAAGACUGGUCUCACAUCCGAGCAACUUGUCAACAUUAUGACUCAAAUAUUGAAAAAGAUAAAUCCUACCAAGCAAACUAUCAAGAACAAAAUGUAUUUAUCAAUCAAAGCGCAAUCUAACUGAUUUCAGUGCGCAUAUGCCGCCUCGAGUUGUUCGAGAUUACACAUGUAGUGUUUGUUCAAUUACAUAAUACUGUUCUCUCUCUGUAAUAUAACUUCACAGGUAGAAAUACAUAUACAUAGUAAUUUUAUUAUCAGAAAA